GUCGAUCUAAUUGAAGUCAGUUUUUUUCGUUUGCGAGCAAACACAAUUAUUGGUUCUGAAAUACUAAUUUGCUAAGGUAGUAUAAUUAUUCAUUUAAACAAUUUCAGUAUGUUCUUAAUGACACCGUAGAAGAAAUGGACGGCAAUGAUCUGGUAUUAUUUGAAAAAGCAUACUCAACUAUGAAUCGUGAUUAUGAGCAAUAUUCUGAAGAAGAGGAACCUGUUUUACAAAAUCAGAAAGUGGCAUCAAUGCAUGAAGUAGAUUUAAUGGCUACGAUUUCUAACGAAAAUGUAACAUCGUGUCAAGUAUUGGAGAAAAAAGGAUUGAAUGCUACAUCCGAAGUAUUAAGUUCUGGUCCUGGUUCACGAAAGAGUAACAUUGUACGUCGUUGUCGGAAUCAAGGAGCAAAACUUUUGUCGUGUUUGAAGGGAUGGCGACGAAAAUUACUUGGGAAACACAAGGAUAAUAGUGUUUGUGGAUCGAUCGGAGGUCUUUGUCCAUUAUCAGCCGAUGCACGCUGUCGAACGUCUAGUCUUUUUGAUCAGCGAAAUCUACAUACGCCAUCUCCUUCUAGACCAACAGUUUGGAAGUUUAAUACUGUUAAUGAAGCUAUAGUUCAUUCCUCUCGUUGGAGAGAAUUUGAUCCCGAAAUGAAUUUGGAAUAAAAAAAAUGCUUUGAAUUUUAUUACUUUGUAAUUGAAAUUAUCUUUAAUAAAGAAAAUUCUUAAUUAA